AAGGUCAGCGGCUGUGUUUUCAAGAUGUGUGCUUUCUGUCUUCGUUUUGUUGCCAGGAAUUCAAUUAUAGUUCGAGUAUUCUGUAACAAAAAGAUAAAUAACCAUAGGGUUGUAAUAGGACGACAUUCUUGAUAAAAAUGCAAGAAUUUUGUCUUACUUUGUAGAAGUAGAGACCUUAGUUGGGUCAUUUUAUGCGAUCGAGCUAGCAGUAACACAAGGCUAACAGGAUCCCGUCUGUGUAGCCUACUUUCCCAUGACGUCAGGUUAACAGGAAGACAAAGGGAAGCGCAUUGAUACAAAGUUGAAAGUUGCAACAAAAUAUACUGUCGAGCUCUUAUGAUAAGCAAACUCACGUUUUUGCUACUUAUUAUCUAAAGAUAAAUGACGAGUGAAACAAAAGACAGUCAGUGACCCCAGACUAAUGUUCUUUGUUGAACUAUAUUUUGAUGAUAAUGUGUGUAGUUAGAAUACAAAUGUGUGAAGAGGCCUUAAGAGUUGGAGCGGAAGAAAGGUCAUGCAACUGCUACAACAUUGGGCCAAGAGAGAGAUUAAUUCAUCUGUAAACUCUGAACCUGGCCCUUGGUCGCAUUAGUGGACGGUGUACUGUUAUCGGUUCACUUGUUUAGGCGUGUCAGUCGGAAGUGGCCGCCUCCCCCCUCUGAGUGAGUGGCCGUGUGUGCCAAGCAGCAUGGCUGUCAGUCACAGACAGAGCCCUAGGCCUCUCAGCCCUGUACAACACAGAUCACCGGGGAAGCCUUUGGACAUCCCAGGCAACUCACGAUAGACCAGACUGAACGUCCAGCUCAUCCCUCCUCCUGGCUCUUUGUGGGUCUGUUUGUAUGCUUUUUUCUCUCCAGCUGUAACCUGUAGAGACAAGAACCCAUCACCAUAGCUUUAUCUACAUCGCGAGCAUCUGAUUGGCUGAUCUCAUCUGCGACCAGGCAGGUAUUCUGUUGCACCACAUUUCUCUGCCGCAGCACUCCAGCAUCAUCAUCAUGCUGAAGAGAAAGUUUGAGGAGACGCUGUCGGAAGGCGACACUGCCUCCACCAGCACCAGCGACAUCAUCAGCACAUCCACCACGGCAACCACCACCACCAGUAACAAUAAUAGCAACAACAACAACAACAACAACAACAGUAGCACUAAUGGUCACUGUGAGAGUGAGGACAGCAACUGCAGCGCGGGGAGCACGGACGCUCUGGCGCCAGAAGAGGCAUGUCAGAGAAGCACACGUUUACCAAGGAGUUUUCCCUCUCCGAGUACACCAAGGAGCAGAAACGAAUCCACCGGGCUGUCUUGGAAGAGCAACGUCGCCAGGGCAAGAUGUUCCCCUCGCCUCUUCUCAGCAACAGUACUGCACUGCACCCGGCUGAGCCUGGCCCUGAUGAUGAUGACGAUGAUGACAUCUCCUCGGGCAGUGAGAGCGAUAGUGACUACGACGACUACUACUUCCUGCAGCCGCUGCCGAUCCGACAACGGCGUGUGCUGCUGAGGACGUCUGGGGUGAAAAAGAUUGACAAUGAGGAGAAGGAUGAGUGUCGGGACAUCCGUGUUUCACGUAACGUGUGUGGCUGUGACUGCCAGUUGUUCUGCGACCCGGCCACCUGUUCGUGCAGCGCUGCAGGCAUCCAGUGCCAGGUUGACCGCCUGUCCUUCCCCUGUGGUUGCACCAAAGACGGCUGUGGCAACGCCUCUGGUAGGAUUGAGUUCAACCCCAUCCGAGUGCGCACACACUUCAUACACACCCUCAUGAGGCUGGAACUGGAGCGCAAGGACUCUGAGACAUUAACCUCUGGAUUGUUGACGGAUGCUGACAAUGGGUCUGCCUACUCCUCAUCCGAUGUAAGUGGGCAUGUGGAUGUGGUCGGAACAGGGGAGGAGGAGGAGGAGGGAGAAGUGCAGAGGGAGCAAGAUGGCAGCUGCAGCAGCACCAACAACAGCAGCAGCUGCAAUAUUCAGCUGGACAGUCAUAGCAGCCAGGGGCCUCUCAGCAAUGGCAGUUGCAGCAGUAGUAGCAGCAGCGCUGACGGUAGCGGCUGCAAGCCUCCUCUUAAGGGUCGUCUCAAGAGCAAGACGGAGGAGUCGAUCGACCUGAACAUGUUCAACAGCAACGAGCGCGGGAGUUGUCGCGACUGCCAGAACACAGACAUGUGCAACGUGAUGAUGCAUGAUGUCAAGUUCUCCAUGGUCUCACAACACCAGCGUCAGCAGCAGCAGCAGCAGCAGCAACGGGUCAUAUCAGCAGCCAUGUCAGCCCCAGCCUUUGUCAGUGCGGCGCAGCAGCUACAGCAGCAACAGCUACAGCAGCAGCAGCACCAUCAGCUCAACAUCCCUGGGGCCAUCUCCCUGCUUCACCCGCCGGCCUCCCCUGCAGCCGUGACCCAGCAGCAGCACAGUCAGCACAUGCUGCUUUUCAAUGACGGAGACGAAGAAGUGUAUCAGGGGGAGGCCACCAGCUCCAUGUACUUUGACAAUGAAGACAGUGCAUACACAGACCUCUCUGACAGCGGCACCGCUCAGUCGCUGGAUGCCAGACCCUUUGCCAGCCUGACCCGCGGUGGUCCACAAGGCAAGUUUCGCGUGACACCCUCCCCCCUGUUCUCCUCGGGCCUGGUGGGUACACCUUCCCCUGCCCCACCUCUGGCCACUGGUCAUGCCGAGGCCUCACCAAUGUCUAGUGGAAGCUCACUGCUCAACCUGAGCUGUGUCCGCAACCUUCCCGCUCCCAGUGACGGUCCAGCCCCUGUUGUGCGUAUGUCUGGCCCUCAGCUCCCACUGCUGCCCCCAACACUGCAGCAGCCUCCCCCUCUGUCCCCCGGCGCACCCCCUACCACCAGCAGUCAGCCGCUGCAGGGGUCCCCGUAUCUGCAGGACGGCCCCACUGCCACAGUAAGGGCCCCACUGGAUGCUAGUUCAGCAAAUUCGGUGCCUCAGGACGCAGGCCUUGGUGAGACUGCACGGAUCUCGGCCAACAGUCUGCUCCAUCCUGCCAUGACCACAGACGGGUCGGCAGUGGGAUUAGAAGAGGACACUCUGGCUUUCCCAAACCGCAUGGCCGCUGGAUAUCCUCUGAAGUUUCAUACUGGGGACCAGCUGGACGUUUCGCACCAUGUGCCGACCUCUCCCCACAAACUGAAGGCGGCCACGUCUCAGUGCUUUCCCUCAGACAGUUUGGCCAGUGGCCAUGAUUACUUAGCGGGCCCAGAUGGGAACAGUCGCUUUGUAUCUUCGCCGUCCGCCAGCUGUUUAGAGACUCUCGGAGCCCCCACCACACCCAGCCAUAGCAGCAACGGCAACGUCACCAGCUAUGACUCUCUGCACACGGCCCCACUCUCCUCGUGCUGGACACAACCACUGGUCAGCCCCACCCUGGCCAACACACUGCCCCAUACACUAGCCCAUACUCUGCCAGAAUGUUUUCGCCUAGGGAGCUCUAGCCUGUCAGCUGCUGUGGUCAGCUCCGCCACAGAUGCUCAGGGAUCUGCCCUCACUGUCUCUGACACUCCCAGCCGAAGUGGACAACUUUCUUCUUCCUCCCCCUCGUCAUCCUCAUCAGCUUCGUCAACAACGACGUAUGCAACCAUGACAAGCACAACCCGCGACCGCCUAGCUGCCCACUGCCCGGGGAUCUCCUCUCACAUGGAUGGCCCACGGGAUGUGGCUGCCCACACACUUACAGAUGCCCCAACCACACUAUCGCAGUUUGAGCUUAGUCAUGAGAAUGCUGUCACUUCCUCCUUUGUGGCUCCACGGGAAAUGCCUGGCUAUGAUGGCUUCAUCAACCCAACGCCGCCCAGCUCUACCGCUGCUGCAUGUGCGAAGCAUAUUGCCUCGCAGGACGAGGGUGGCUGCCGGACGGCUGCUCACAACACUGGCCAGACAUCGCUUUUGUCAGCCCAGAUGGGGGUAGUGGCACCAGUGAACUCAGCUCAUGUCUCCUCUUCCUCCUGCCUGCAGUUCUCCUCCGACCCGCUCACGGUCUCCUCAUCCACAACAUCUGCAGCAACGCCAGACACUCCCCCUGACGCUGCAGAGUCGCCCCCUUCUGGGACAGACCAGUCCACUAUGGCCUGCAAGUCUGACGCAACAAAUAGUGAGUCGGCCUCAACAGAGGUCAGCAAGGAUCCGGUGACACAGGCCGACUCCACUGCCACCUCUGCUGACCAGCAGGAAGAAACACCCUCACUGGAUGGUCUGAGCCACAGCAGCCUUGAUAGUGUGUGUGCUACAUCAGGGGCCAGAAGUGAGUGUUGUGCCAAUGGGCCGUCUGUGACCGCCGAGGCUGUGACCAGUAGUGACUCCAGCAUUGAUGGGGGUGACACACGCUCCACAGGCGGGACGACGGAGCACACGGGCCUUGAGGGGAACUCUGGGAAUGCUGGUGAUUGUGCUGACGGUGGUGCUCAUGUUGACAAUGGUGCUGGGCUGCCCGAUGGGAAGUGCCAGUGGGGACAGGGAGGGAACGGUGGCCAACAUACUUGCCUGAGCUCGGUCUCAGCUACAGCAGACUCAGACCUGGACUUUGAAGAUCACAAGAGGGAGGCAGAUGGAGGCUCAUACCCUUCUUCAGCCACGCAGUCAUCAUCUUCAUCAUCCCCCAGCAGCGAGGAAGACAAGGAUAGAGGUUCAGUGGGUCAGAACUUUGGGGAGAUCAUCAAGGAAUCCAUUGUGGAGAUGGUGUUGGUGUGAGGGGGUCACUCAUGCCUUUUGUUCUUACCCUGAUAAUACUAGUCACACUAGGAGAGGUCAGGUGGGGGUGGGGGAAGGGAAUGGCUCAGGAUGUUUGGACAAGAACUGAAUGUUGGGUUUUUUUUAUCAGUGAAGAUUGUAGAUCUGAUAUCUGUGGGUGGAGUGUCCUUGGACAAACUGUAUUGUUGGGGAGUGAGUGGGUGGCUGUGGCAGUGGGUCUGUUGCUGAGAGUGCUUUAGUGCUGUAUCUUAAUCUUGUCUUGUUCUCCUCAUUGUAGCUUGGCUUUCAUUUAUGCUGUAGGCAUCUGGUGUAUACACACUCAUGCAUACAUGCCAACACAGAUGUAAGCCUCUGCCCAUAUGCUUUGCUUGUCACCAAACCCUGAACAAGACGUGUCUUAGGUGGCCUUCGGCUUUAUUGUAUAUGUUGCCAUGUGGCAGUGGUAGUAGUUGAUAAAGCUGCCUCUUCCCUGCUUUGAACUGUCACAGUUGCUACUCCCGCUCGGAGUCUUGAGACUUGGUAGUAACUCAGUAAGCCCUAAUCUCCUGCACAGAUAAGAUUAUUAUAUAUAUCUGUAUUCAUCUUCUUGUAUGUUGCAUAUCAGUUCAUACCCUUCCUCCUCACAUUGUGACAAUCUUGCAUAAAUAAAUGUAGAGCAGAACCAGCGAGUUACAAUCACAUACCGGUGUCCCCCUCACAAACAACCCCAGGGGGUUGUGAUGUCAGUUUGGGCUCUUUGGGAGGGGGUCGUAAAUUUGACAGUAGAAAAAGAAAAAAAAGUUUGCGAAGUGGAUAGAUUUGAGUUGGAGCAUGAAUGCCAUUAGCUGUAACUACUGAUUGUUGCCUGCACCAGUCAGAGCAAUUGUGAACACGUUACUGGUUACCAGGGCUGGUCAGCAACUGUAUAAAGAUGUCACUGACAGAAAAUGAUUGAGCAUUGUUGAUGCAGAAGGUGGAGGUAGUAGAGUCUUGUCUCGUGACACUGUCCUUCGUGUCUAGGAGACUUUGAUGUGCAAUACUUGAGCUGUUUUGUAUUUGUGUGUGUAUGUAUUUGUCAACAGGUGGAGAAUCAUUUUUAUAUAAUUUUUAAGUCUUGGCAAAAUGCUGGAUUAACAGCCGUCUUUUCUGUUUUUUGAUGAUAUCAGCAUUUUUUUUUUUUUUAAAGUUUGAAGCAAAAGUCAAUCAUCUCUGGUAAUUGUGAGAAUGUGACUAUCUAUGUAAGCAAAUUCAGUUCAGCUGUCAUUAACAAGAAGCUCUUAUUUAAGUAAGUUUUGAUGCUCUGCGAAGUAGGAACGAAUGUGUUCGUUAUUCAUACGUAUACUACCAGUCUCAUAACAAAAGGUUAUUAUUACCCCGUAGCCUGGUUUUUGUUACUGAAGCAUUUCAGCGUCAUGGGAGUCCCCCUUCCCUGUUGGCUUCAGUUUCUGGCUGAAAUGCAAGGUAUUGAGGAGUAUGAGAUGAGAUGAGACAUUUUACCCUAAUGAACUCACAGACAGACUUACACUGACACAGGCAUACACCUACCUCUGGGCCUCUCUCUGACAUACAGAUAAUUCUUUGUAUGACUUUUAUGUUGAGUAUGUUGAAUCUGUACAUUAAUUUUAUCUAUCUAUAUAUCUGACUAUAUAUAUUAUUAUAUAUAUAUAUAUAAAUUCUAUGAUGUGAAUCCAUGCGUGUAGUUCUUAAGGGGUAUGUGUACGUCUGGUUCCCUUGUGGGUGUACACAAGUCUGAGCCAGGGCGGUCACCCUGUUGUGGUGUUGCUGCUUGUGCCGUGUUGACGGUGUUGGCACACGGUCCCGCAUUGAUGACGCAAUGUCCUAUUUUAACGCAAUAUCACGGCAUAAUGUCCGUGUUGAAGACGCAAUGUCCUUGCAGACGCAAUAUGGCGACUCCAUGUCUUAUAUAGUCGACGACGCAUUGUCAUGUGCAAAUGGGGGAAUUCCUCCUCGACUUUUGUCCAACCCCCCCCCCCCCCCCCCCCCAACAUCUCCUGAUUCCCUCUUGGACUUUGUGGUUGUUUUUGUUGUUGUUGUUUUUUUUUUCUGCCGACACUUGCUGUACUCAUGAGCUUGGAUCUGACCCUCGCAAUAUGUUUUUCUAUUUCUUUCCUGUAAAUGGAACUGGUGCAAAGAGAAUUCUCUGACUACUCAGCUGUAUAACUCGUCCUUUCCUCCCUCCCCCACCUGCCAUCUGGAUUUACCAUUUGUAGCAACCCCCCAGCAUUUUAAGUGCUGUCUACUUGUAUCCAUCAUGUUGAGUAUCAUCAUUAUCAUAUUCUUAAUAAUGAUGAGAUUGUUAUAAUUACUAUGAUUAUUAUUAUCACUAUGAUUAUUAUUAUCACUGUUAUGAUUAUUGUAAAGCUGUUGUGUUGUGAGCUCGGUGUUGUUGUAUCAGUGUAGCCAUUGUCAUUGACGCCGAGAUGUUGCAGUGGUGUAGACACACCGUCAUGGCUGCAAGCUGUACAGAGGGGGCACGUUGCGUGCAUGUGCUGAGGUUAUAGAGCUGUGACCAAGUUUUUCUAGGACUCUGCCAUGAUACAGGACAUGUAUCGGGGACAAGUAGUCAGGAUCACUGUUCUAUGGUAUGAUCUUGUACAAAUGUAGAUUUGCUUUUCCAUUUCUGGUUUUUCUAUGUACCAUAUUGUAUUGUAUCAAAUGGCAUGAUAUGCUCUCCCUUCCCCACUCUCUCUCCUCUCUCUGUGGCUUCCUGCUCAGUGAUGGUGGCUAGGGGGGAAUUGGGGUGUAUGCUCACAUCAGCUUUACCUGACUGGUGGACACGUACUGUUGACAUCAUCUCUUUGUACCGACCCCCUCCAUACGUAACCGCCACAUCCCCCUCCCUUCUCCCCAAACUGAUGCUUUGUUCUGCUUUUCCUCCUCUCCCAUGCCCCUUCCUCCUCUCCCAAUCCCCAUCUUGUGCAAAGUUCCCUUUACUGUUGUUUUAAGAUUUAUGAUCGGUUUUAUUAACCUCUUUAAGAACAAAUCCUGUAUUAAGUGACCAAGGAUAUGGCUCCGCUUUUGGUGUAUUUUUUUUUGGUCCCAAAGAACAUGGCGGAGGUGAGUGCUUUCUAUGAUGUUGUUAUUGAAGUGGGGCUUUUUGAGUGUCGAGAACUCAGUCAGGAGGAGGAGACCAAGGUGGUUGUGGUGGGAGAGGGACUAGGGUGAAGAAAGCCGGCCCCACACGUUAAAGAUUUGUUCUGCAAGGAUGCACGUGCUUGAGGAGGAGCUGGUAGUACAUGAUUUACCAGUGUCCGACAGCCGUAUCAAUGACCUCUACUCAAUUUUGUCCCCCCUUUAUAGUCUUCUCCCUCCCAACCCCCACUUUUGUUUUGCCCUAUCCACAUCGUUUUACUCCAUGCUUAAAUCAUUUUUGUCUGUGAUACGAACUACAUUUUUGUUUGGUUUUACUUCAGCACUAGUGUGACUUUGUUUUUAAUCGUUAUCAUUUUUAAUUUAACGACUUGGAUGGCAUUUGCUUUUUUUAUAUUGAUUAUAAAAAAAAAGCGAGAUUAAGACAUGUUGAUGUACUCCCACACCAUUCACUCACCCAUAAACACACGACCCGGCACAGACUAGAGAAAGAAGCAGCUGUGGUUUCAUCCAUAGGAUGAUGGUUUCCUUAGUCUGUUUCUGUACCACUAGUGUUUAGGCUUAGGCUGUUGGUUUGUUGUUGUUGGUCAAGUGUGUUUGUGUUGGCUGUAUGCUCUAGUUGUUUAUAUGUGUAUGUGUGUGUGUAGACUGUUUGUUGUGCGUCUCCGCCUACGUGGGCUGGUUGUUUUUGUUACUCAUUUUUUGGUCUGUGUAUGUAGGCUGUCUGUUAUCUUUUGUUUGCAUCAGUUACGGUACUUAAUGUUAUUGUUGGUCUUUGUGUGCAUUGGUUGGUUGUUUGUUGCUCUUGACGAAUGUGUGUGUUGGCUUUCCUUUUGUUAAUUUUUAGUCUGACAUUUGUAUUUUUUUGGUACUCUGUUUUCCUUUUGUAAAUUGUUGUUCUGCCAGUGUCACACAAACGUGAUAGUACUCAUUUUGUAGCGAAAGAUUGUUCUUCAUUCAAACAAACACACACAAAAUACAGUUAAGUACAAUUUCUCUCAAUACACUCACUCCCUCAUUAAUUCGGUUGCUAGUAGUAUUGCGGUCAGGGUGUUGGUCUUGUCAGUGUUUCUGUGGUUGGCUUGGCAGUACCUGACGUGUAUUGCCCUUUGUACGUGAACUCUAAGAUGAUGAGGACUAUUUAUUUCCCCGCGACAUCUCUAGUAGCUGUGUCACGGGAGGAAAGGACCAAGUGGCGCAUGGCGGGCGAUGUGCCAGGUGCUGUGUGUCCCCAGGUUCUGUCGUCUCCUCCCUACUGUCUCAUGAUGCUCUAACUUUUGCUGCUUUUAUUGUUUUCAGAAUUCACAGUUUCUGUGAGCCAGCAGUCUUCAAUAUUUUAGCUGUUUUUGUUGUGACUUUUUGUGAAAUCUAGAACUAUCUAAGUAAAAAGCGAAAAAAAUGUA